AUGUUCUUAAGACGAGUGGCACUCACACGAGGAGGUGCAACAGGAGCCAAUAGGAUAUCGUCCACGGUGGUAUCUUCUGCCUCGGUUCCAUCUCGUUAUGUAUUGCAUUAUAAUCAUCACCAUAUCCUGACAAGACAAUUUUGGAAUGGGUGGUUGCCACCAAAAGCUGAAGAACAGAAGAAGAAGGAAGAAAUUAAUGGAGUUGAUGGGUUGAAGAUCAAGGCGGGAAAUAAGCCUGCACUUGGCGAUUCUGAAGUCUUGGUUGAAGGAGGAGUUGAAGUGGGAGAAAAACCUAAUCCGGUGGAAGAGGGUUUGGAAACUAAGACUGAGUCUGAGGAUAUUAGGAGUGGAGAUAAGACAAGUGAAUUUGAAGAUAUAGAAGCUGGUUUCAUCGAUGAGUUACCUUCAACAAAGAAAUUGGAAACAGAUCAACUCAAGCCAGAACAAAUAGUGGUUACUGAAUCAAAAGAGGCAUUUGAAGACUCAGAGCUUGGAUCGAUAGAUGAGUUGGUUUCUGAGAAGAAGCCUAUUGCAGAAACUGAACCUGAAAAAGUAAAAGACUCUUUGGUCUCUAAAGACACAUUUGAGAAUUUCGAAGCUAGUUCAAUCGAUGAGUUAUUUUCAAGAUCGAACAAGAAUGACGUGAAACCUGAACUUACGGAAUCUACCGAAGCCCAAAUAGCAUUACCCGCAGAUCUUGAUUCAAUACCUGUUAGGGGAUCCAGUGGAUCAUUUCACAACGAAGGGCAUGAAUUUUUAGAUGAUUUUGUUUCGAUUCCAAACUCAGAAACCAAGUCUGAAUCAAUUGAAACUGUUCCAGUUCCUCAAGACACAAUUGAAAAUUUCGAAGCUAGUUCAAUCGACGAGUUGUUCUCAAGAACAAACAAGGAAGAGCCCAAACCCGAACAAGCACAAUCCACCACAUCACCAAACACGGAUUCCCACGGUUCAUUACUAAACCUUGAAGAUUUUGAAUUCGAAAACCAAAACACUCCACCACCAACAACAACAUCCACCACCACCACCAAUUCCAACUCCACAGCGGAAGAAUCCCCCUUUUCAACAUUUGGACUUGAAGCUUUCGGCUUCCAAACCACCACCACCACCACCACUCACCAAGAAGGUUCCUACGUCCAUUCAUCACUCCAACCAAACCAACUCAUAAUCGGUGACAAAUCAAAACGAAUCUUCUUAAACCAAUCAGAUAUAUAUAAGCCCUAUGACCGGGCAUUGCGUCUAACCCCGCCAUUAGGGAAGACAUAUCUUGCCAAAACGACAGGUAUUAAGGCGUUGCAAUCCAAGAGCGCCGCCAAAAGGGCGACCAAGAAGGGGUCCAAGAUGGGUAAGACGAAGGUAGUGGCUGAGGAGGAGGAGACAGUGGAGGAUGUGGUUGAGAAGAAGGAUGAAAAGACGAAGAAUAUUGUAUUAUCGAAGGAGGACAGGUUGAAACAAGAGGCUGAGAGUCUUGUGAAGAGAAGAGAGAAUGCUUUGAAGUUGGUUACGUCUGUGAAUGAGGUUGUUGCUGGUGCUGAGGGCAAUACGAAGAAGAAGAACAAAAAGGUGUCGUCGGAUAUUGAGAUUGAUGAAUUAGUGGAAAUGAUGGAGCUAGUAAGACCGAUCCAUAAAAGUGGGAAGGUAAGGAAGACGAUUGGAAAUCAGGAAUUUGUUGAUUUGAGCAAGAGAAUGCAGGGUAUGUUUAUGCGUAAGCAUUUAUUGGCAUAUGUCGAACAUAUGAGGGCUUUGGGUUCGAAUGUCGAUAAGUGUCCACUGCGUGCAACCAAGCAAGAUAUAAUUAAGACGAUAUGUGAAUAUAUCUGGCAGACCAAAAUCAAAGACCCCCAACACCCAGAACAAAAAGAAUCAGAACAACAGGUCCAUGUCAUGACACAAACAUCAUUCAAAUUAGACGACCCCAAACUCAUCUUCCACCUCCAGAACUCCAACAUCUUACGCCAAUGGAAAGACCAGUACGGGCUCGACGUCUAUUUCGCAAACCAAACCAUCUACUUCCAGGGUCCAUCACCCUUAAAACUCGCCGAACCACUCCUCAUAGGCGCCAUUAAUAAUUUUGUAUCCGCUCCAUUCAAUUUCUCAAAAAUAAUCUCCCGUUUCGGUCCAAAUCAAUUCUCACUCGAGAAAUUCCAAUCCAUGGCAAAAGUCUACAUCGAACCAGGGUCAGAUAAUAUCUAUACAGUCUCAGCGUCAUCCGAAACCGAGUUGAAACAAUUCGAAAGACUCUAUCAUUCAAUCCUGGGCCAGAAUCCACAUCUCAACACCUCGAUAUCUGAUCAACUGGCAUUAGAUGCAAGAUCAUAUAUUCCAUAUAGUUUAUUGGAUAGGUUUGGGUGGAUUGAAAAGUUGUUUUCAUAUUUUAUGCCCGAGAAACCAGCUUUGGAAAAGAUUGAAAAUGGGGUAUAUCAGAGAUUAGUUGAUGAGAUUGGGAGGAAAGAUGCGAAGAGGUUGAGGAGGGAGAUUAAUGAGGCGUUAACUGAUGAUGUGAAAAAGGAAGAGAAUGAGGUCGUGAAGAAGGAAGAGGAAGAUGAUGAGUUGGCUGCUGCGUUAGAAGAUAUUAAGGUUGCUGCAAAGGAAGAAGGAGAAGAAAAGAAGGUGGAACUUGGUGAGAAGAAGAAUAAUGGGAAUGAGGUUGAAGAGGCUAUUGAUGAUUUAUUCCUGGUAUUGAAAGAAAGACAACCAAGUGAUGCUGCUGAGAAGACGGAUGGUUCUAAGAAGGUUCAUGAAGAUUUAUCUGAUUUCCUUGAGUUGAACGAAGAAUAUGAAGGAUUUGAACUUCAAUUAAUGGAUCCAGAAGAAACAACAACCAAACAAGGAGAAAUGGAAUCUUCAUUGGAAAAAGAAGAACCAUUAAUUGAAAAACCAAGGGUUUCAAUCUCUGAUUAUUUCACAAAAGAACAAGUUGAUGAAAUAUAUAAUAAAGUGAAUGAUAUUUCAUAUAUCAAAGAUCUUAAGGGAGUUGAAAAAGAGAAUAUCUUUAGUUCUGCAAUCACGGUUAAUUUUGGUACUAUCUUUAUGAAACAAACCUCAUCUGAUAAAUUAUUCCCAGAGGUACCGAACACCCCUAACAAGAAUAGUCAAUUUGAAUUUGUAACUAAUGAUAAUUUAGUACAAGAUUUCAUUACUCAAUUACCAUUAUUCAAUACCGAUCAUGAAACUAAUCAAAAAUUAGAAUUAUCAUUUGAACCUGAAUUGUCAGAGGAAGGUAAAGUUAAAUAUCCUCCGGUUGUUAUCCAGAUUGAUACUAGUUUUGGUGCAGUAUCAGUUGCAGAAUCAAUAGUUGCAUCAGUAGAAGCUCAUAAUAAAGUUCUUGUUCCAAUAAAUAAUGGUAUAUGUGAUUUAGAAAUUUCAAAAGUUGUAUUAGGAGAUUUAUUAGUACCAGAAAUUGAUAAACAAAGAAAGGAAUAUAAUGAAGAAGAUAAUGAAAUGGGUAUAACUUUAAGAAGAUUUAGAAAUCAACCUGAAUUGCUUAAAUUCUUUGAAAAGUCAAAUUUAAGGAUAAGUUCAAAUCAAAAGAUUGACGUUGAUGAAGAGGUUGAAUUAUAUAUUGGUGAUGAUAAAGUGAAAUAUAUUCAUACUGGAUUAAUGAUUAUGAAUGAGAUUCUAUUCAAUUAUCAUGACCUACCAAUAUGUUUAAGAAUAUCAGAAGGUGGAACAUUAGGAGGUAGAAAGGUUGAAAUUGAAGUUGGACAUGGUGAAAUUCCAAGAGAAGAAUUUGAUGAUUUCUUAAUAAAAAUGUUACAAAUUGUCCAUAAUUCUUCCUAG